AUGACAGGCUACACACUUCACGAAAAAUGUGAUACUCUGAGAGAGCAAAGACCCCCUGCCCCUGGUGUGACGUCUCUCUGCCGCUUUGAAAUUCUCAAGCGCCUUGUGGAGGUGCAACAUCACACCUCUUCAUCCUGGAUAUAUUGGGCUUCUGCCUCCAGCUCUUUAGCAUUCACUCAGGGAGCCGCAUGCCAGUUUGAAUACAAGCGAUCACCUACCAGCGUUGAUGCUGGGUACUUCAGUGCCUGUGGAAGUCUUUCUCCGAGCUCCUCCAUUGAUUCUGGGUGUUUUUCUCCUCCCGUGAGCCGUUGGGGAGCUGGAAGACAUCCGGAGGCUGCAGGGGAACCCAACAUCGACUGCAUACCAGCUUUGAAACCCAGAACCAUUCUUCCUGCUGAGGGAAAGAGACGUUCCAGGUCCAAAAACCCCGGAACGAAGCGUCAGACGGCCAGCGAAAGAGAGAAGCUCAGGAUGAGGGAUCUGACCAAAGCUCUCCAUCAUCUCCGAAACUACCUACCUCCUUCUGUGGCUCCUCCUGGACAAACCUUGACCAAGAUUGAGACCCUUCGCCUCACUAUUAGCUACAUCUCGUAUCUUUCUGCUCAGCUGGAACAGUCUGAGACUUCCAGUCAUGAAACAUCAUCAAGAUGCUUCUCUUCAGAGAGGCUUCAGACUGAGGCCUGGUGUCUGGAUGGGCCAGAGGAACUCAUGCAAGACAAUGUCCAGAACUGUCCAACAUUCACAGCCUUCAGUGAUUCAACUCAACAGAUGGAAAACAACAUUCCUUCUACUUCAUAUAUGUUUCCCUGUGCAACAACACACGAUGCUACAUACAGCCAUCUGUUUUUUCAAUGA